AAUCCGCCGCCGAGGGAGGCGGGACAUGCAGCCCGCCGGGUGACUCGGAAGUGGACGCGCGACCUUUUAGCGGCCGUGGGAGAGCGAGCUGCCUUUCCAGCCAUCUUGGGUUUUGAGUAACUGAGGCAAAAUGCCUGGUGAAGCCACAGAAACCGUUCCUGCCACAGAGCAAGAAAUGCAGCAGCCGCAAGCUGAAACAGCUGAAGAUCACAGUGAUGUCAACACUUCCCCUGCCCCUGGGGGAGAAAGCACUGUUCUGAGCGGAAUUACUCCAGCUACCGACGCAACCGUUACUGAGCUGGCAAGUGAAGCUUCCAAGAUGGAGGCCACCACUGAGAAUGCAGUGUCUCGCGAGCCGUCAGCUGGGUCUGGUGCUCCUGCCUCAGAAGCUCCAGCUGUGCCUGAUGCAGUCCAAGUACCUGUAUCCCCCGUUUCUCCUGAGAAGUCUGUUCAAACUGCAGCUGCUAUUGAAACCUGUUCUGAGCAUGAAUCGGUUUCCUCAGCCAGUGAGUACAUUCAGGCUGAAUGCGACUCCAGCGGUGCCAGUAAGAUGGAACUUUCAGCUGCUACUGACUUGCAUGGCCCAGAUCUUCAGCUUCCAUCCCCCCAAACAGUCAACGAACAACCUUCACCCCUUCUGCCUUCCCCUGUCCUACCUCCUGUCCAGUCUCCUUCAGAGCUCUUUCCAUCUUCUAUUCCUGUUCUUUCCUCUGAGGUGCUCUCUCCCCCUCCUGCUGACCCCACCACUAGCCAACUGCCUUUGUCUCCCGAACCAGCUGAUGUUGACGGGCUGCCUUCAUCUGAAAUGGCUGCUACUUCUGUUGAGCAUUUGUCCGCUGAUUCGGUUGUUGCUGCCACUGUUAAACCGUUGAGUUUGGGCAGUUCCCAAGUCAGCGAACAAUCUGAGUUGUCUCGUCACGCUACUGUUUCUUUGGCCACUGAAGUAGAUUCUGACCUGGGACUGUCCCCAUCUGACGUUGCUGAUGCUAUACCUAUACCUCUGCCUGCCCCUGUGGCUCCCACUACUACAUCGGCUGAAGUGGUUGAUGGCCCCAGCAUCGAUCAGUUGCACUUGCCCACUGACCCUCCAAAUGCCAUUGCAAUAGACAGUGAGGUUUCGACUCAAUUGGAGGCAAGUAUUAUGCCUGGGUCUGUGAGGAAUGAAGAGGUCCUCCCUGAUGCUGUAGUUCCCAGCGAUGUUAUUGCUAUUACUCUGCCCCCACUCACUGACCUCCCUGUGUCCCCUUCUGCUGGGCAGCCUUUAGCUGAUGCACCUGGAAUCCAAGCAGAACUGUCCUCAUCUGACAGUGAUAACGCUGCUACCCUGGUGGUCACUGCCACUGUUCAUCCACCUUUAUCUGGUGAUGUUGCAUUUUCUAACCUUGCUGAUGGACUGCCUGCAUCCCACAUCUCUGAUGACAGCUCUGGACUUCCUGCAUGUGAAUGUGUUCUAGCUGCCACCUCUGUGGUUGCUGCCAAUGCCCUGCAGCUGCCUUCCCCCGCUGGCACACAAGUUGCAACUGGCAUGGGCAUGAAGCUUUUGCCUGAAGUUGCUGAACCUAUGGCCACUAUAUCUUUGCCCAGUCAAGGUAUUAUUACUGCGCUUGGGUUGUCUUUACCCGAUAGUGUUACUGUUGGUGAAAGACCAGUGUCCACUGAAAGAAUUGCUGACCUGAUGCCUCCACCCCAUGAGAGUGUAGGUGAAGCUGUGCAAUUGCCUGUGCCCUCUGAGGCUGCCAACGAUCCUGUGCCUUCUGAGGCUGCCAAUAAUCAGGUCCCUUGUGUCCCCAAAGAUGAAGCUGCCAGCGAUCUUGUGCCCUCUGGUGAGGUUGCUACCGAUCAGGUCCCUAGUGUCUUAAAAGAUGAGGCUGCCAGCGAUCUUGUAUCCUCUGAGGCUGCCAGCGAUCAUGUGCCCUCUGAGGCUGCCAGGGAACAGGUCCCUUGUGCUCCCAAAGGUGAAGCUGCCACCGAUCCUGUGCCCUCUGGUGAGCUUGCUGGCGAUAGGGUCCCUAGUGUCUUAGAAGAUGAGGCUGCCAGCAAUCCUGUGCCCUCUGAGGCUGCCCGCGAUCAGGUCCCUUGUGCCCUUGAAGGCGAGGCUGCCACCGAUCAGUUUCCUUGUGCCCUCAAAGGUGAAACUGCCAGUGAAUCUGUGCCCUCUGAGGCUGCCAGUGAUCAGGCCCCUUGUGCCUUUGAAGGUGAAGCUGCCAGCAGUCCUGUACCUGUGCCCUCUGAGACUGCCACCAAUCAGGUGCCUUGUGUCCUCAAAGAUGAGGCCACCUGUGAUGAUGAACUCUUGUCUCCUCUGAGUGCCACUAAUCAAGCGUCUUUACCUAAUGAAGAUGCUGAUAAAAUUGCCUUGCCCCCUCAAGGCGUGUGUGAAGCUAGUCUGGUGCUUUUGGCCUUUGAGGAUGCCACUGAUCAGGCAGUUUUGCCUCCUCAACAUGGUGCCAGUCAGGUGCCUUUUGCCCCUGAGGGUGAUGCUGCAGCUCGGGUCCCCUUUCCCUAUGAGGGUAAAGAUCAAGGUCCCAAAACACCUGAUCAAUUGACUUGUUCCACUGAGGCUGCUCCCGAGCGCCCGCUCUUACCCAGCUCUGACAGUAUGUCCUCUGCUCUGUCCGUUGAUGCCAGUGCCAUUGAAGGUCCACUUUCUGUAGAUGGCACCACUGAUUUGCCAUUGUCUUCCACUCCUCUGGCCGACACAGUGGACGAGUCAUCAGCUCAGCCUCCAGUUGUGGAAGCUGAACUUCAUGUUCCUGUGUCCCCUUGCUUUCCUGAGCUGCCUUCCGCCACCUCCGAUUUUUCUGUAGGUCAAGAAAUCCCCUGUGCUGAUAAUGCUUACAUUGAGCAGUCACUAACAGUAGACCUGCCUGCUUCAGAGCCUCAUUCCCUGCUCUCCCAUCUAACUGACCAGGUUGCUCAGUGUACUGACUUGCUUCUAUCUCUUGAUCCCACUGAGAAUUCCCAGCUUCAAUCCCCUCUGCACGCUACUACUAAGCUGCCACCCUCUCCCCGCAUUGCUGAUUAUUCACCUGAUGUACCUACAUCUUCUGAACUUUCUUUAUCUUCAGAAUCUAGACCUGUCACUGAAUUUCCUCCAUAUCUCAUUGUCCCACCUGCCCCUGUUCAACUCACUACCCCAUCCCCUGAAUCAUCCUCGGCUGUCCAAAUUGAUGACGAUGAUGAUGAGAUGCCUCCUCUGAUUUCUGCGAUCAACGAGACUCCCCUCUGUGAGGCUCCUGCCCCACCUGUUCUUGAGAAGGCAAUUCCCAAGAUUUCUCUGACUGGAAAGGAGUCGGUGGUGAAGCAAAAUGAUGAGGGGUCUGGGACAGAAUCGGACAGCGAUGAGUCGGUACCAGAACUGGAAGAACAGGAUACAACGCAGUCAGCAACACAGCAAGCCCAGCUUGCAGCUGCAGCCGAAAUCGAUGAAGAGCCAGUUAGCAAAGCAAAACAGAGCAGAAGUGAAAAGAAGGCACGAAAAGCAAUGUCAAAACUGGGUCUCCGUCAGGUUACUGGGGUAACGAGAGUCACGAUAAGAAAAUCGAAAAACAUACUGUUUGUCAUCACAAAGCCAGAUGUCUACAAGAGUCCUGCAUCCGAUACCUAUAUUGUUUUUGGUGAAGCUAAGAUUGAGGAUCUAUCUCAGCAAGCACAGCUUGCCGCUGCAGAGAAAUUCAAGGUACAGGGAGAAUCUGUUGCCAAUAUCCAAGAAAACACACAGACUCCAACUGUACAGGAGGAGAGCGAAGAGGAAGAGGUUGAUGAAACCGGUGUAGAGGUCAAGGACAUAGAGCUGGUCAUGUCGCAAGCCAACGUGUCCCGAGCUAAGGCUGUCCGCGCAUUGAAAAAUAACAACAACGAUAUUGUAAAUGCUAUUAUGGAGUUGACGAUGUAAGCUGCAGGAACUAAUUGGGUAACAGUCCUUUUGGUGCAGCAUCAGUACAUUUGUACCAUUUAUAUUGAUAAAUCUUAAAUAAAGAUGUGGCUUGAAAUAGUUAAUUU